AUGAAUGACGAGAGGAAAUUUUUUUUGGUUGGAAGAGGUGUGAGUGGGGGUAAGAGGGAUGGGGUUGUUUUGGGUAGGAGGAGUUUGAUUGGGAUGGGGGAAACUGAAAUGAGUGAGUAUUGGAAUGGCGAUGGACUGAGCGAGCGUUUAGGUUCUGAUCUCGUUUUUUUUUCUGCAACCUUCCGGGAAUUUCGGGUUCACUUUCGCCGGACUUGGGCAAUGGAUUUGCUGCUUGCUCAACUUCCAACGGCUUUCAGAGCCUUGACUCGACCUGACCUACAACGCAUCCCUCAAACUUCUUCCCCGGAGAACCCCAUGCUCCUCGACGCUGCGGCUCUCUCAUCAACGAAAGCGAAACGUGAAUAUCAAGUACAGGCGUGCGUGAAAAAUUUGAGGACGGACGGGAGGUAUCACCAUCACUAUACUUUUGAAAGGGUUGAGAAUAACCCAUGUUUGAAGCAAGCGGAGUGGUUCUUGGUGGUGGGUAUGAUCAGAAAAUUAGGUAGAAGGGUGUUGAGUAUACAUAGGUAUGAGAAUAGUUUAGGCGUUGAGAAGUAUGGGAGUGCGAGUGGUGCAAUGGGACGGGAAGGAGUUGACGAGGAACUUACUCAGAAAAGCAGUUGGAAGCAAGCAAGCAAGAAAGCAGGCGUCACUUGGUGA